UGUAACCAUGAGUACUGAGUGGACGUAUAAAAGCUAAUGUAUAUGGAUGUAUACACAGUAUUUCAUUAUAGUUGUUUCGGUGAACCCUUGGCUUCUUUGAAACCAUAAAAAUGGCAGACCAAUUAGAUAUGGAAAACAGGGAUCCUAAUAAUAUUAAUGAUCAUAUAAAGAUUGCCUUUGAAGAUACCAUUGGAGAAGUACCAGGGGCUCACGCCAUUGAUUGUGUAUGGCGAAACAGCUACAGAUGUUUCGAAGGAGGAAAGAGUUGCUGUUAUAAGUUUUUGACAGCAAUCUGUGGAAUAUGUAUCGCUUUAUAUUGGGGAUGUUGUUUUGCCUGUUUAGCUUUCGAGCAUAUCUGGUGUAUCACUCCCAGUUUAUCUGCUUUUAGAGUCGAGUGUGGCGCAUGGAGAAAGUAUUACAGCAUUUGUAUGGACUGUUUCUGUGCUCCUUGUUGUGAGACCAUGGGUCUAUUCUUCAGUAACAUAAAAGUACAAAACAAAUAGCUAAAUUGACUUAAAAAAUGUUAAUAUCUGUGAUAAUUAUCUUUAUUUAAAGACGUUUAUGUUUCAAGAAAAUAAUAUAUGAUUUUAUAUA